GCACACGGUCAGUGGGAGGAGGCAGGCGGAUCUGUGGGUCCAGACUCCCGGACUUCCUCAGCAGAGCGGAGCCUACAUCGCAGUCGGGUGUACCAGCCGCGUAGCUGUGGCGGUGGACCGGUGCGUCUGGACCGGGAACUCCGGCUGGCGGGGUUGUAGCCGUGGCUCUCGGCUACGACCAUCUGAUACCGGUCCGUUUCGGCCGAUGUCCUCACUUAACAGCCGCCAGCGCUUCCUGCUCCGAAUCCCUUUUUAUUGAUUUACUCCUCGGCUGAUAGAAACUGUGUUAAAACAAGAAAAAGAAAAACCAGAACAGUCCAGCCCUUGGCAUCUUGUUUACAGGUUGGUGGAGCUCGGAGUGCGAGCAACGACCUAUUUCCUCAAAUCAUGGAUGAUUCUGUUCCACGUCGUGUUCGCUCUAUGUUUGCGUGGCUGGUGGGUGCGUCACAGGUGCUGGGUCUGGCAUCGGUGGUGCUGACCGCUGUGUGGAUGGGUCACUACCGCGGGGGCUUCGCAUGGGAUGGCUCAGCGCAGGAGUUCAACUUGCACCCUCUGUGCAUGGUGCUGGGGCUGGUCUUCCUGCAUGGCGACGCCAUCCUGGUCUACAGAGUAUUUUGUAAUGAGGCGAAGAGGAAUGUAAAACUGCUUCACGGCAUCAUUCACCUGCUUGCCCUCAUCAUCAGCAUCGUAGGAUUUGUAGCUGUGUUUGACUUCCAUAAAGCAGCAAAGAUUCCAGACAUGUACUCUCUACACAGCUGGUGCGGCAUGGCUACCUUACUCCUGUACUCCUUACAGUGGGUGAUGGGUUUGCUGUUCUUCCUGUUUCCGGUUGCGUCAUCAUGGUUACGAAGCUCGUACCUUCCUAUCCAUGUGUUCUGUGGUCUGGUUCUGCUGGUUAUGGCCAUAGGGAGCAGUCUGCUUGGCAUCACAGAGAAACUCCUCUUCAGCAUCAUGCCAACCUACCCCCUGUUUGCCCCAGAGGGGGUGCUGGCCAACACUUUGGGGAUCCUGCUGGUGUCUUUUGGGGUGCUGCUGGGCUACUUGAUCACCAGGGAAGAGUACAGACGCCCGCCCAACCCAGAGGAAGAGUCUCUGUCUGUCCACUUCAAGACCCUGACUGAGGGGGGGUCACCCACCAUGCCCUGACCUCUAGUCUCACAUCUGACACCCCCGCCUUAUCCGGAUGCAAACAGGGUCCUGCCUACAGACUAGCUGUGCUACCAGCCUGUUAAUACCUAGUCACAAAGUCAUCAUUUCAAACAGAAACUCAGAAAAGACAGAGUUUUCAAAAGUACAGGUUUGGUUUCGGCAAACGUCAAUAAAAAUCAUGGACAGGAA